CGGGGAGCCGGAGGAGGCGCCGGACGCCGGGAGCUGAGCGCCGGACCCUUCGGCGGGCGGGAGCGCGGGCCGAGUCCCUGAGGUCAGGAGGCAACUGCCAUUGAGAGAUAGUGAGUGCCUGUUUCAAAGACAGCAAAGUAUCAGGGGAGCCACCAGAAGCAUUAACGGAAAGCUUAAAUUACCUAAAUGACUAAUAAUGGUCUCCAGCUGCCAAAGAAUGUUGUGGAUGCCAAGAGAAAGGUAACCAUUUCUCAGCCCCUUGAGUGGAACUGGAUGCCUCUAGGAGCCCACGCCGGCUGGCAGUAGACAUGGCUGAAUUUACAAGCUACAAGGAUACUCCCUCCAGCCGCCACUUGCGGUUUAAGUUACAGAGUCUAAGUCGCCGCCUUGAUGAGUUGGAGGAAGCCACCAAAAACCUCCAGAAAGCAGAGGAUGAGCUCCUGGAUCUCCAGGACAAGGUGAUUCAGGCAGAAGGCAGCAACUCCAGUAUGUUGGCAGAGAUUGAAGUGUUGCGCCAGCGAGUGCUGAGAAUCGAAGGCAAAGAUGAGGAAAUUAAGAGAGCAGAGGAUCUGUGUCAGCUUAUGAAGGAGAAGCUUGAAGAGGAAGAAAAUCUCACCCGGGAACUGAAAUCUGAGAUUGAACGGCUUCAGAAACGAAUGGCUGAACUGGAGAAGCUGGAGGAGGCCUUUGGCAGGAGUAAGAAUGAUUGUACCCAACUCUGUCUGAGCCUGAAUGAGGAGAGAAACCUGACAAAGAAGAUCUCUGCUGAGCUGGAAAUGCUCAGGGUCAAAGUGAAAGAACUGGAAUCUUCUGAGGACCGCCUGGAUAAAACUGAGCAGAGUUUAGUGUCAGAGUUAGAAAAACUGAAAUCAUUAACUCUGAGCUUUGUAAGUGAGAGAAAAUACUUGAACGAAAAGGAGAAAGAGAAUGAGAAACUGAUAAAAGAGCUCACUCAAAAACUGGAGCAGAACAAAAAAAUGAACCGAGAUUAUUCAAGGAAUGCUUCUAAUCUUCUGGAAAGGAAUGACCUGCGGAUUGAGGACGGGAUCUCCUCCACACUGCCGUGCAAAGAAUCCAGAAGGAAGGGCACUCUGGACUAUCUAAAGCAGGUAGAGAAUGAAACAAGAAACAAAUCAGAAAAUGAAAAGAACCGAAAUCAAGAAGACAACAAAGUUAAAGAUCUCAACCAAGAGAUUGAGAAACUCAAGACACAAAUCAAACAUUUUGAAUCUUUGGAAGAAGAGCUUAAGAAAAUGAGGGCCAAAAAUAAUGAUCUUCAGGAUAAUUACCUAAGUGAACAAAAUAAAAACAAACUCUUGGCCAGCCAGCUGGAGGAGAUAAAGCUACAAAUCAAGAAACAGAAAGAGUUAGAGAAUGGGGAGGUAGAAGGGGAGGAGGCUUUCCUAUCCAGCAAAGGCAGACACGAGAGGACUAAGUUAAGAGGCCAUGGGAAUGAGGCACCUAUGUCCAAGCACACACCGCGGGAACUGUCCCCUCAACAGAAGCGGGAGAGGCAUCGAAACAGGGAUAUUGCACUCAACAAUGAAAACUGUUCUCUGGGCAAUAGGCAGGUGUCCUCACCCAAUUUCACCAAUAGGAGGGCAGCCAAAGCUUCCAACAUCGGGGCCAGUACAGACAGUGGGACUCAGGAGACCAGGAGAACUGAAGAUCGAUUUGUAUCUGGCUCUUCUCAGAGUGAAGGAAAGAAGUCCAGGGAGCAGCCUUCAGUGCUUAGCCGCUACCCGCCUGCUGCUCAGGAGCACAGUAAAGCGUGGAAGAGUGCUCCCAAACCAGGUACUGAGAGUGGGUUGAAGGGAAAAGUGGAGAAGACCACACGGACAUUUAGUGAUAAUACCACCUAUGGAUCUGUUCCCAGUGACGUACUGGGUAGAGCUGACAAGGCUUCUGACACCCCUGCCGAGGCCCUCUUUGUCAAGAGGGGGCAGGUACCUGGCAAUGGAAGUCAGGGAACUCAGGCUGCAGACUGUGGCAGUUCUAAGGCAGUUGGAGCUCUGGCCUCCUCUCGAAGAUCUUCCUCAGAAGGGCUCUCCAAGGGCAAAAAGGCUGCCAGUAGCCUGGAGGCUGAUACCAGUUCCCCAAAUUCCAAGUCUCCACUUUUAUCAAAGUAUCCUUAUAAUUCCAGAAGCCAAGAGAACAUCCUUCAGGGCCUUUCAACCCCAAAUAAAGAAGGUGUUGAUCAACCUGUAGCAGUUGUGAUGGAAGACAGCAGUCAGCAUGAGGCCCUGAGGUGCCGAGUCAUCAAAUCCAGUGGCAGAGAGAGGCCAGACUCAGAUGACGACGUGGACGUCACAUCUCUUGUUACUGCCAAAUUGGUAAACACUACCAUCACUCCAGAGCCAGAGCUCAAACACCAACCCAACUCUAGAGAGAAAGCCAAAUCCCGAGGGUUACUCAGAAACUCCCUGUUUGAGAAUGAUAAAGACGCUGGGACAGAAAGCGAGUCUGUGAAACCUGUCAGAGCCUCCACCAAUGCCACAGAGUUCCCAGAUGCCAAUGGUGCUGGGGUCAAAAGCCAGCGGCCCUUUAGCCCCAGAGAAGCGUUGCGGUCGAGAGCCAUCAUCAAACCUGUCAUCAUUGAUAAGGAUGUGAAAAAAAUCAUGGGAGGAUCUGGAACUGAGGCCACAGUGGAGAAGCAGAAAUCCACCUCCAAACCAGGGCUAAAUAAGGUGACAAGUAGCAUAACUAUCUACCCCUCUGACAGCAGCAGCCCCAGAGCCGCCCCAGGUGAGGCCCCGCGGGAAAGGCACACAUCCACCAGCAACAUCCAGGUUGGGCCAGCAGAGCUCACAUCAGUUAGCAACCACGUCAGCUCCCCUUUUGAGCUCUCCAUUCACAAACACGACAUUGCCCUGCAGUUCACAGAAGCUGAGAGAAUGGGAGAUGGGUCCCUGAAGAACAAGCCAGAAACCGUGGUCUCUCGUAGCAGCAUUAUAAUCAAGCCAUCGGAUCCUGUGGAGAGGAACAGCCAUGCCCCCCCAGCGGAGACAAUCAGGUGGAAAAGCCAUAGUGCCCCUUCAGAAGUGGGCUCUUCAGAUGCCAGACAUGUUACUGUGCGGAAUGCGUGGAAGAGUAGGCGAGACUUGAACUCCUUAGAAGACCCCCCAAUUCGAACAGGUAGAAAUGUGGAAGCUACCAACGCCUACACCCAGAGGGCCUCCACAGACUGUUCAGACCUCGGACAGCCCAGGUUGUACCUUUGUGAGCAGGGUGCUCGAAGGGCAGGAAAUUCAGGGGAUGCCCCUGAGCUCACCUCCAGAAGGACCCAGAGUAGCCUCACCGUGUCUGAGGCGCUGACUCGUCGGAAUCGGGUGGGAGACGCUGCCACCACAGCUGCAGCCUGGAACCACUCGGCAGGCACGGAGGAAGGUGAUGACUGCACACUUGGUGGCCACAGACGACUGCACAACUCCCUGGAGCGGUCUGAACUGCCUGCAAAACAGGGGCUGCCAGAGCCCGGGCUCGCCCGGGCCGAGGAACGGUUACGGCCCGCCAAGCCCUGUGCCGAGGACAACUGAACCAGCUGGGUGAGGUCUGCCGUCUCUUCUGCUCCUGCUUCUCCGCUCUCCUGCCUUCCUGCCCUGUGAAGGAUGCAAGGCCAGUUAACCAGGCUAGACGCCAGGCCUUGGCUGGGAGACUGGCAGACCAGGCUGUGGCUUGGGUCAUUUUACCAGUUGGCCAGAGGGGAUCAGAAACUACAAGCUGGACAUAGUCACCCAGGCCUAGCCUUCCUUGCAUGAGUUCUCUGUCCUUGCCCCUGUCCCCAGGUCGGAUGGGCCACUCUGGCCCCCAGAUGGGGAAAGAUCUAGAAACCCCGGUUUUCUCCCUGUACCACAGCAGCUGAAAUCUCUUCUCUGCUCCUUGGUGGGUCAGCGGGCAGCCCCUUCUGUGUGGUUCGUUUCUUAGUCUCUUCACCGCAUCCAGUUCACUCCUUGUUUGCCCUGGGGGCCAAAGUGGCCCCUAAGACUUAGCAUCCAUCACCUCCAUCUAGGGGGCUUCCACUCCUUUCCCCUUUGGAGUUCUUCAGACUCGUACAGCAGAAGAGGUCUGUGCUGCCUCAAAAGGAUUACGGGACCAACCUUCAGGCUGAAGCUUCUCGGACACGGCCCCCUGGCUGACUGCUGUUUCCUGGGGGCAGAACACACGGGUACCCACCUAUUGGAAUGACAUCAUCAUCCCUCCUCUCCCCUGGCUCUAUGCUCACCUUCCAAAGGCAUCUCAAAGUGCACAAGCCUCACGCAUCUCCUUCCCUGGGCACCAGUAAUGCUGCUGGCACUGCCUGUUCCUCCCAUGGCUGGAGACAUCAGGCUGACUCCGUCGUUUCCAUCUUUGGAAUACUUCUGGACUAAACUGGGCCUGACCCAGCAUACUCUGCCUUCUAGGAAGUGCCCAGCAAGGGGGAAAGUGGGCAGGAAGAAACAUUUCCCCAGUCACUCCACAAAGCAAUAGUUCCAUGAAAGGCAUGGACUUCCUUCCUCUUCCUUCAUCCCCCACGGAGGAGGAGGUAUCGCACUUUACCAGACUGAUGCAUUCCUACAGAAGUGGGCCCACGGUUUCUGCAAACUGUCGUGAUGACUUCACUGGAGGAAAGGUAAUAAAUGCCCGCUCAGGGCCCCAGGUGUAUACAGUGCAAAAUGCAGCAAACCUUUCAGGAAGCCACAUAAAGUUUAUUAAUUUCCUUAUGGCACAUGGGGAAGUUGAAAAGAACCACGUAUUCUUGGCACUGCUUUUUGUAGAACUUUCUCAGUUCAAAGAAGGGAUCCCUUUUCAAAGGCUACUUUUAAUGGCACAGAUACUGUUCCUUCAUAGUGAAAGAGAGCAUUACUUAGGAGUCAGGAAAGCUGAAUUUGCUUCAUGGCUUUGUAUUUUCUUGCUGUGUGACUUUGGGCAAGUCACCAUCCUCUUAGGGCCUCAGCUUCCUUAUCUAUACAAUGAAUUCUUUGAAUUCUGUGUAAUGGUCUCUAAGGGUCCUAAAUCUGGCAUUCUGAGGUGGUUCUGUUUACACUGUCCUGAUUCUGCUUUUGGAAGGUAGCAUCCAGAUGGUUUUGGGGAAUGUGUCCUCCCCCAGCCUUGUUUUUCUGGGCCUUAUUCUUUCUGUGUUCUAAUGUCAGGAGGAUGAGCUCAGAGAAGCUCCUUCAUUCUUCUAGUUUGUAAGAUGAAGGGAUUAGAUCAGACGGCUUCUGCAGCCCUUUUGGCACUAGUCUUGCCCACUUGCCACACAGCGUCCGUCUUUUGUGACACAAGGUGGCCGUCUCCUGUUGCUGUGGGCCAUAUUCCCUGCCUACACUUGGGAACCAGCGUCCGCCUCACCCGUGACGGCCAUCAGACCCAGACAUCCUGGAGGCGGCUUAGGGUACACUGAUGAGCUUCCUUUCAGGGUCAGGAAUGUUUUGCGCAUACUUCCCAUUUUUCUGGAGGUGUGCCAGUCUAAGGGUAUUACUGUGUAGCUCAUCUUUCCAUAGUGCUGACUCAGAUGCUCAGUUUAUGAUGCUGUUUUUAAAAUCUCUUCCUGCUGCUGCUUCUGGGUCACUGGCCAGAAACUAGCUUGCCCGAAGCGUAACCUUUCUACCUGCAGCCUCCCUGCCAUCCUUCACUGGUUGGCAACCUUGAGAGUCCAAAGAAAAUGGACCUCUGCGGGGGUCAACUGAGGUUAUAGGAAACGAAGUCUGUGGCUCUUCUCGGCUGGUGGAAACAAAAGGGUGCCAAGCCAUGCCUGCAAAGAUUUCGCCACUAAUUAUCUUCUUUGGGCGUUGGAGCCCUGGAUUCUGGUGCUGUAGCUCCUGGUGCCAAAGUCUGGAUCUUUCCACACUGCAGCAGCACCAACAUCUGCCACUACCCAAAUGCUCUGGAAGAGGGACAGCCACGGUGCCCUCUUGCUGGGGGCUGCUAUCUUAAAAUCUGAGUGCAAUAGGGUUUGAUUGUAACAGUUAUUUCAGGAUAUUGUGUUUCCUUACUCUGCAUACUUUCUAGAACCAUUGUAAAAUAGAUUUUAUUUUUAAGUGUCCUCAACAUUGCAGAAGAUACCAAUUGUAAUAGCAGAUGAAGGCUGGAGGCUCAGUUCCUCUGGGUUUCAAAUGGCUGGCAAGGCUGGCUCUCAAAUUCCAAAGUUGGAAGGCACCUUUCUGAAAAGCAACCUCUGUGACCAUCUGGACCCAGGCCUCACCAUCAGGGGUCCUGGAAGAAAUUUCCACAUAAAGGGGAGACCUGGUAAUUAAAUAGCUGCUCAAUCAAGCCAAAUAUCCCCACUGUCCCUGCCAACAAACCCACUUAUAUGACAAGUCUCUUCUGCAGUGUGGCUCUGACUCUAGAUUUUACUGGCAGGUGUAUUCAUUGUGGCAGGGGGUCCAGCAAGCCGGGCGAACCUGGCACUCCAGAGCUGCUUGGUUGGAGGAAGCAGACCUGGCUGAAUGCCAGAGGCUGGGUUCCCUUCCACCUGCUGCCGCCUGUGUCUCACUACUCGGGCACUACAAGCAACCAGAGAAAGCUGCAGGGCUGGUGGCCGAAGGGGAUUUGCAGUGGGGCCAAGGACUCCAGCCUCUGCUCCGGGCAAGCCUGCACAUAAGUCAUUCCCCUCUUACGGGGUGUUGGAGGGUCUGUGGCUGAUCUUGGAACUGUCCUCCUGGGGGCAGUUUUAGUGCUUUACAUUUAGGGGUUAGUGCCAAGUGCUACCAUUUCCCAGUAAAGGAACAGGGACCCAGUCCCUAGCUGCCUCUGUUGAUGUGGGGUUUGUAUGUUACUCUGACAAGACUGCUUUGGAAGAGCUGCUUUUAGGGAUUAACUUUUGUCUACCCUGGGUGGGGCACAGGGUUCUCCUCAAAGCCUCACAACCAAGAUCAUAGGAAAGGGGCCCUAUUUUCCUGCUGCUUCACAGCUCAGAACAUGUACUGAAUGGAAUGUAUUUUUAAGAGAAUAAAGUCUAUUUUUUUGUAUUUUAAAGAUUGGGAGGGCUAGGGAAGUGUAGCCCUCAAAAAACCCUGUUAAUGCAUUAAAGGCCCCUGUGCUAGGGGGCAUCAGUAUCUGUCAGUCCACAUCUACUUGUUCAGGCAGGUGCUCUGGUCUCACCCCUGCCCCUUGGAGUCUAGGUGCAGCAGCUUCUACAUUCCUGCUCCAAGCCUGGGACCAAGGAGGCCGGACCCUGUUGCUGGAAACCAGGGUGAAGCCAUGAGCAGUGACUCAGGGCUCCUUGGGUGCAUGUGUAUAGUGGAAGCUGCCUGUCUGCAUGUAUCCUCUGGCUCUAAUGCUGUCUGUUGGCUCUGCAGCACAAUAUGUAACCAAUAAAGCUCCCUAGUUUCCAUGUGC